GAAAUUUCCUGGUAAGGUGGCACCAGCGUGAUUUGCAGGGCCGGACCGUCGCUGGAAGGAGCGGUGUGUGCGGUGCGGCGCAGGGAAAGCAACGCGCCUGCCUGGAGGCGAAAGCGGUGCGCGCCAGUUGGGAGCGGUGGGCAGGCGGAAAAGCAGUGGAAAAGGGCAGUUCCUCUGUGUCUAGGUGCGAAGGAGCCUUCUCUCUCAUCAUCUCACGCAGCCAGCAAUCCGCGAUGACCGUGCAUCCGACCAUGGGCCAACACCGCCGCCACCUGAGCAGCGAAUAACCGCCGAAAUGACGCUCCUCAGGGCCGUGUGCGCUGUCUUCCUAGUCUGCACGACGGCAGGCGUGACUGCAAAUGUAAAGAAACCCAUAGGGCCGUUGUACAGCGGACGAGAAUACCACCAUCCAAACCAACAUCCAGAACAUCCACUAGAAGUGGACGAUGCAGAACAUCAUCAUGACCAUGGAGAUACUGAUUUUCCCGAAGGACAAAUCUCUGAGCACGAGAAGUCUACGUGCGUGUGCCCAGAGAAAAUGUUCGCCUGCCAGCAGUCCUGCUUGUGCGUUCCGCAAGAGUGGCGCUGCGACGGAGACGCCGACUGCGAGCACGGCGAGGACGAGCAUUGCGACCCAUUGCACCGCUCCGGAGGAGGAGGUGGCACCAUGUGGGAAGGGCCGUCGGACGUGGGCCACGAGCGGCCCACAGAGCCAGAGCCCGAUUGCCGCGGCCUGCACUGCCCAAGUGGCCGCUGCAUUUCACGCGAGUGGCUCUGCGACGGCGACGACGACUGCGGCGACUUUUGGGAUGAGGCCAGUUGCGGCUUUGAUAUGAAUUGCACGGCUGAGGAGUUCCAAUGCGAGAACGGUCUGUGCGUACAGAUAAAUUGGGUCUGCGACGGUGAUAAUGACUGCAAAGACUUUUCUGACGAGUCAAACUGCACAGCAAAUAGCAAAUGUGCACCAAACGAGUUUCGCUGUGGUGACGGCACCUGCAUCUCUGAAAACUGGAGGUGCGACUCAGAAUCGGACUGCUUGGACAACUCGGACGAGGCUGACUGCGAUUUCCAGCCACCCGUGUGCCAAGAGGACGAGUUCCAGUGCUCAUAUCCGCGCUGCGUAAACGAAAACUUCCGCUGCGACGGCAACGACGACUGCGGCGACUGGAGCGACGAGGAAAACUGUCCGAGUCAGCCCUACCGCAGCUGCCGCGUCGGCGAGUACAAAUGCAAUAGUGGUAAGUGUAUUCCUGAGCGGUGGUUGUGCGACGACGAGUCUGAUUGUGAUAACGCCGAGGACGAGGAAAACUGCGAGAAGAAAAAGCCGAGAACUUGCGGGCCAGACGAGUUCUCGUGCAGUCACGGAAAUUGUAUUCUGAAAUCUUGGCUGUGUGAUGGAGUAGAGGAUUGCCCAAAAGGCGAGGAUGAGCAGCAGUGCACGCCGUCCUGCGAGGAGACGCAAUUUGCCUGUAGUAAUAGUUCUACAUCAUGUAUUAGCAGAAAACACAUGUGUGAUGGCAAGAGAGACUGUCCCCACGGUGAAGAUGAAAAAGAUUGUCCCAGUAAAAAAGAGUGCGACCGUGCCAAUCCGAAAAAGUGCGAGCAGCUGUGCGUGACCGAGAUCGAUGGCAAAGAUGGAUGCGCGUGCCGCUUUGGCUACACGCUCCAACCCAAUGGCUACACAUGCCGUGAUAUCGACGAGUGUUCAACUAAACUGGCGCCGCCGUGCAGCCAGACGUGUCUAAAUACAAUCGGAUCCUUCACGUGCUCAUGCAAGGAGGGCUACAUCCUCCGCUCCAACGGGCGCUCGUGCAAGGCGCUGGGACCGCCUGCGAUUUUGCUCUUUGCGAACAGAGUGGACAUCAGACAGAUGAGUUUGAACAACGUCAAGUAUACGGCGAUCUUGAAAGGACUGCACAACGCGAUUGCUCUCGACUAUCAUUACCACAUGGGAUUGGUCUACUGGUCCGACGUGUCGCUUGAUAUGAUCAGGAGAGCUCAUAUCAACGGUUCAGAGCCUGAAGAUGUAAUAAGGUGGGGCCUUGAAGCUCCAUCAGGCGUAGCUCUCGACUGGGUCCACAACCUGCUUUUCUGGACAGACUCCGGAACAAGGCGAGUCGAGGUUGCGUCGCUGGACGGCAGCGUCCGAUCGGUGCUGGCCGCCAGCGACCUGGACAAACCCAGAGCUAUUGCCGUGCACCCUGGCGAGGCGCUUGUCUUUUGGACAGACUGGGGCCCAAAUCCAAAAAUUGAGUCUUGUCAGAUGGACGGCAGCAACCGGAAGGCCAUAAUUACCGAGUCUGUUUUCUGGCCCAAUGGACUCACCAUUGAUUUUGCGGUUGACCGCAUUUAUUGGGCAGACGCUAAGCAUCACGUCAUAGAAAACGCCAGGUUCGACGGCCGGGACAGAAAAAAGGUGAUUAGCAAGGGCCUGCCACAUCCAUUCGCGCUGACAGUCUUUGAAGAUUUUGUUUAUUGGACGGAUUGGCACACGAAGAGUAUAUCAUCUGCAAACAAAGUCACCGGCUCAGGCUUUCGCACGGUCCACUCUGGUUUGCACUUCCCAAUGGACAUCCACAGUUAUCACCCGCAGCGGCAGCCAAAUUACGCAAAUCGGUGUCUCGGCAAUAACGGUGGCUGCUCUCAUCUCUGUUUGCCCAACAGCGACUCUUUUACGUGUGUUUGUCCUCUCGGCCAGAGAUUGGAACUUGACAGGAAAACGUGCAAGAAAGUUCCGGAGAAGCUGCUUUUGUUCGCCAGAAGUCGCGAUUUGCGCGUCCACCUUCUAGACGGAGUAGAGCCGCAGGUGGACAUGGUAAUCCCUGUAGACGACGUCCAAUCCGCCACGGCCCUCGACUGGGACAGCAAUACGGACGAAUUUUUCUGGGCGGACGCUGAGGCAAACACAAUAAGCAGGGCCGCCCUCAAUGGAAGCAAUCAAAGAUUGAUCGUCAGCUCAAAUUUAGAGUCCCCUGCCGGCAUUGCUGUGGACUGGGUCACCAAAAAAUUAUACUGGACAGACGCAGGCACAAAUCGCAUUGAAGUCGCAAAUCUGGACGGCACCAUGCGCGCCUUGCUCAUCUGGGAAGGAAUAGAAAAGCUCAGGGACAUCACUGUCAACCCCAAUGAUGGAUAUAUGUACUGGAGUGACUGGGGAGAAACGCCGAAAAUCGAGAAAGCUGGCAUGGACGGCUCGGCGCGGAAAGUAUUGAUUACGCAAAGGAUGAUGUGGCCAAACGGGCUGGCCAUCGACCAGGACACACGGCGCCUCUACUGGGCUGACGGCGGCGCCAAGACCAUCGAGUACUGCAACUUUGACGGCUCCGGGAGGACUCUGAUAGGGAGUGCAUUGCCGUACCCCUUUGGCCUGGCUGUGUACAAAGAAAGCGUAUACUGGACUGAUUGGGAUACCACCAGCAUCCACAAAGCGGAUAAAACUAGUGGGAAAAACAUGACUGUGCUCAAAUCUGGAAUCACCGGUCUGAUGGACGUUCAGGUUUUUCACCGAGAUCGGAAACUCUCGCGAUCAGACUGCCAUUUCAAAAACGGAGGGUGCUCGCACCUUUGCCUACUUGCGCCGUCCCCGAAAAAAUUCUCUUGCGCCUGUCCAAUCGGCAUUAAAAUACUGGAGGAUAACAAAAAGUGCGCCGACGGGCCGACCAACUCGCUGAUAUUCGCCCACCGCGUCGAUAUACGGCGGAUUUCGCUGGACGUGCCGUACGUGAUAGACGUCGUCCUGCCGCUGCCACCGAUGCACAACGCCGUGGCCGUGGACGUCGACCGUAAAACCGGUACUACUUUCGGUGAGAUUUACUGGAGCGACACCGUCGAGGACGUGAUCAGGAAGGGCAAGGACAACGGCAGCGAUGUCCAAGAUGUUAUAAUCGACAGCCUGGACAACGUUGAGGGCAUCGUCGUCGAUUCAACAGGAAGAAAAAUUUACUGGACUGAUGGUGGGAGACACAGCAUUGAAGUCGCUGAGCUCGAUGGGAGCAACCGCAAAGUUCUCAUUUGCAAAGACCUGGACAGUCCGAGGGCAAUCACUCUGCACUACCAUCGUGGUUUAAUGUUCUGGAGCAGCUGGGGCAAAAAGCCGAGCAUUGAACGCGCCUCAAUGGAUGGCAGUAACAGGUCGGUGAUAAUCCACGAGCACGUAAACUGGCCGAACGGCUUGGCGAUUGACCGGCCUGCAGGCCGUUUGUAUUGGAACGACGGCAAAAUGAAAACGAUAGAAAGCAGCACCCUGGACGGUACCGACCGCCGCCUCAUCAUUGGCGACGUCCCGCACCCCUACGGACUGGUGGUGGUCGGCACGCACAUUUACUGGACGGACUGGCAGACGGAGGCACUGCACCGGGCGGAGAAGGAAAACGGCGCCGAUCGCGUCAUAAUCAGGGACAGGCUGCAAGGACUUAUGACUAUAAGAUCUGUCCAAGCAGACAACAUAGCAGAGAACGCCUGCGGACACAAUAACGGCGACUGCUCGCACCUGUGCUUGCGGACGGAGAGCGGCUUUGUGUGCGCCUGUCCGACGGGCAUCCUGAUGUGCCCUGAUGGACGCACGUGCAAUAACACACCGCAUGCGUAUUUGUUGUUCGCCACGCGAUCCGCCCUUGCUCGCGUGUCCCUGGACUCAGAUGAGCAAUGGGACGUCACUCUGCCCAUCCCUGGCGUGCACACAGCUGUGGCCGUUGAUUUUCAUUGGGAAAAGCAAAUCAUCAUUUACACUGAUAUCCACCUUGAUGUGAUCAGACAAGUGGAUAUGAAUAAUUUCUCAAACUUUGAAGACAUCAUUUUCAAUAACUUGUCGACGCCAACUGGCGUGGCCGUUGACUGGAUCGCGAACAACAUCUACUGGACAGACACCUCCCGAAAAGCGUUGGAAGUGGCCCGACUUGAUGGCUCAUGUAGAAAACUACUGAUACACGACAAGGUGGAAGACCCACGAGCCUUGACCGUGUUCCCGCGGAAAGGUUUCCUCUACUGGACCGAAUGGGGGGACAGCCCAAAAAUAGAGCGCUCUUAUCUCGACGGUUCUGCACGGCGCGUGAUCAUCGGCACCGAGCUCGGGUUCCCAAACGGCCUGGCUCUCGACUACACGGCUAACAGACUGUUCUGGGCUGACGCCCUCAGGGACAGGAUCGAGACUUCGGAUUUGCACGGUAGAGGAAGGACUCAACUAGUACCCGAAGCCACUCAUCCAAUCGGACUGACCCAGUUUGGGCCUCACGUCUACUGGACAGACUGGUACAAAAAGUCUGUGGAGCGUGCAGACAAGUUGACUGGCUCAGAGAGGACUGCGAUCAGGACAAACCUGAACGGCGUGAUGGAAAUCAGGGCCGUGGCCGCUGACCAGCAGCAGGGCUGGACGCCGUGUGCUGAGGAGAACGGCCACUGCUCGCACCUCUGCUUCCACCGGCCUCAGGGCUACAUUUGCCAGUGUCCCGACGUUCCUGAUAAACGACCCUGCUCUACUAAGCCCAGUUUUUUAGUCAGCCUUAGGGACGAGGAGCCGGAGGACGACGACGGCGAGUAUGACACAGCAGACCUUCCGGGCCUUUCGAAGCGGAACGGCCGCGAGUCACCCAGCUCUGCCGGCCUUCUCCUGAUGGCAGGCGCGUUCCUUUUCCUGGUGCUGUGCGCGCUGGUGCUGGUGGCGAUGCUGCGAAGACGCUACAAGCACAACCUGUACACUGGGCGCAACGUGCUCACGUUCGCCAACCCGAACUACAACGCCUCCGAGGCCGGGGGUCCGGCGGGCCCCGGGGGACCCAACGCGGCUGACCGGAGGCCGUUCCUGUGGAAAAAGCUCAAGUGCGAGAAGACGCCGAGCGGCAGCAAGGGGGUCGGCAGCGGUGGCGCGUCGACGCCGAGCAGCAGCAGCCACCAACACGAAGAGGGCAUCAUCCUGUGCGCGGUGCCCGAGCUUAAGACUGCCGGCGGUCUGCACCACGCGAUCGCGUUUGACGCCGUCACCACCAGCCUCGACGACAAGCACGAUGAGAUCUACUCCGAGAUCACCGUGCCGAGCGGCAGUGCCAAGUGAGGCGCCGGCCGGCCCCGACCGGCCCCGACAGUGCGCGACGCAGAAAUUCUAUUUUGAGAGGAAAUUAUAUUUCGACGAGAGAUAUAUGACAAGAAUAAUUAGAUUUUUAAUCACCUCCUGAUCACGAAGAGCUGUGUGUGAGAAGCAAGAGAUACACGUUAUAUAAUGACUGGGAUAGUUUGCAAAGACAGGUGCUGUGCGAAGAAGAAUUUACGGUUUUACGUUUGUGACUUGUAAAUAUUAAGACGAAAAAAUGAUAUUUAUGAAUGAGAAACAGAGACGAGAUAUAAAAAUGGUGUAUAUCAAAA